AUGAGCAACAAACGGUUCACCACCACGCCAAGCUCAUCGAUCGCCGACUCCGUCACGCUUGCCAAGAUUGAGGAGUAUGACGAAUAUCUCAAUAGUGAAAAACGCGUGGACUUCACUCGCUGGAAGAAGUUCACAAGUUCAGGCGCCACGACGACGUACCUUGAGCGGAAAAAACCGAACCCGGAUUCUAAACUGCCCGAGACACUCAUGACCGGCACACUACCUGGUACGCUGAACGAAAACAUGUUCGGUCUCGUAAGCCCGACUCUCGAGUCGAUGCGAAUCAAGGCGUCCUACUUGAAUGACUUUAGUGCGGCGGCCGUCCUCGCUACCAUUGUCGAGCCAACAGUGGCCGAACCACUUCGGUCCGUUGUGAUAAAGUGGAUGGAGAUCGACAUUCCCGGAGCCUCCAUCGGAAUCGUACGCAACCGUGAUUACGUGUACCUUGAGAGCACGGGAAUUUUGUGUCUAAAGAAUGGCAGGCGAGUUGGUUACCACUUGUUGCACUCAGUGAAUUUUCCCCAAACGAGUGACCUGCUCAGCCGCGUCCGCGGAAACAUGUCGCUCUGUGGCGUAUUUUCCCAAGCUGAGCCUGGACAGACCGAUUGCCGUGGAACGGGUGUGAUGGACCCAGGAGGUGACAUGAUUCGCGUGAUGGCUGUCGUGGGGAUGAUUCAAGCGACGAUGGCCGUCAACCAAGGCGUCAAGAUUCGGAAAGUUUUCAAGAAACUGAGCUUCAUCACGCCGGACCUGGAACUUUCACAGCGCAAAGUGAGCUUCUGCGUGAAGUGCCUACUGGAUACGAACAUGGAUACAUUGGAGGCUGCCCGCCAACAGUUCGUCUACUCGGAAAACAUUCAGCUACGAAACAUCGAGUUUUCGUUGUUGAGCUCAGGCUCAGACGCCACGAUCGCUUCUACUUAA